AUGUCGGCACCAGAAUCCGAAGUCGAGGAGACGCCAAUCCUCUGCGAGACCUGCCUCGGGCCUAACCCGUAUGUCAGGAUGGCCAAGCAGCCCCGUGGCAUGGCCUGCAAGGUCUGCUCGAGACCCUUCACCGUCUUCCGCUGGAACCCGGGCGUGGGCAUGCGCUUCAAAAAGACCGAGAUCUGCACCACCUGCGCAAAGAUCAAGAACGUCUGCCAGACGUGCAUCCUCGACCUCCAGUACGGCCUGCCCGUCCAGGUGCGCGACACGGCCCUCAACCUCAAGCAGAGCAUGCCCAACGCCGACGCCAACCGACACCACUAUAUCCAGGCCAUGGAGUCGCAGCUCGAGGGCGCCACGUCGCUCAUCGACUCGUCGGCCGGUCCCUCGAGCCGCGCGGGCCAGGAGCUGCUCAAAAAGAUGGCGCGCAGGGAUCCGGGCUACAAGCGCAACCGCCCGCACCUCUGCUCCUUCUACGCCAAGGGCAACUGCACCCGCGGCGACGAGUGCCCCUACCGCCACGAGCUGCCCGUCGACAACGAGCUGAGCAAGCAGAACCUCCAGGACCGCUUCCACGGCACAAACGACCCCGUGGCGAGAAAGAUGCUGGGCGCGCAUGCAAAGGAGCAGGGUCUGGCCCCGCCAGAGGACAAGAGCGUGAUGUCGCUCUUCCUUUCGGCGCUCUCGCCCACGACGACCGAGGACGAGAUCCGCACAUUCUUCAUCAACUCUGUACCGCAGCUGCAGCCGCACCACAUCAAGUCGAUCACGCUCGUGGCGGCGUCCAAGUGCGCCUUUGUCAACUUCAAGACGAGACAGGCGGCCGAAUGGGCGGCAGAACGGUGCGCCAUUAAGGUGGAGCUGGGGGGCAAGGAGGUCCGCGUCGGAUGGGGGCGGAGCCGGCCGGGCAAGAAGGGCGGCAGCGGUGCGGGCGCGGCAUCAACGUCGUCGGCGCCAGCAGCCGCUGCCGAGGCCGAGACGGCCGGCAGCCUCGGCGUGCCGAGCUAG